ACAGUUAUCUUUCCCUUCGGUUCGUCAAACACACGUAAUUAAGUUAGUUUGUAGCCCGUGCAUGCACCUUAAGCUUGUGGGACAUACGCAACUGUUAAUUUUUAAAGUAGGACGCCUAACAGAGAAUUGUUUAAUUAAUUAUAGGCUUUCUACUUAUCAAUGUUUUUCACAGUUCGGCCAGAAAGCCUCCAUUCAGCUGGGAUACUGUACCCGUCUACAACCACUUGUGCAACAAGAGUGGGCCAUUCAAUGAGGAGGCAGUACAUAUUCUUACUAAAUUUGCUAUGGUGACAAUUGAAAAAGGUCAGGGAUCUGAUGUCUCUGAUUGCUGUGCUGAGGAUAAGAUUGUAGCAGCUGCAAAGCAAAUUAAAGCUGCCAACAGCUCAGUCUAUACUCUUUUCUAUUACAACAGUGUUCUGGACUGGAAUCAAUACAGAAUGCACCAAUUGUUUCUAAAACAUCCUGACUGGUGGCUUAAAAAUGCAUCAGGAGAUCCAGUUCACAUACCGGGUGAUGGCUCAUUCAAGCAGCCAAAAGAAGGGAUGCUCGUAUUUGAUUUUUCUCAAGAGGAAGUCCGUAACUUCUGGCUGUCUGACUGCAUUAAUGCUACAAAAACUGGAUCCAUUGAAGGGUGCUUUGCAGACAGAGCAGGAGAGGACAGCUUCAAGAAAAAUAGUCUCACCAAGGACAAGGAAGAAGCAUACAGCAAAGGGCACGUACAAGUACUGCAAGAUCUGCAACGUGCUCUGGGAGACAAUGUGCUCAUAGCAAAUAAUGAUUUAGUCCCAGGUGUCGGUGCUACCAUGAUUGAAGGAUUUGGUGCUGAUGAAAAUUCAAUUAAACAUCUCCAAGAAAGCUCAAAACAAGGAAAACUGGUACAAGCACACGCAGGCUAUCACCCCGAUGGACAAGAUAAUCAUUGCAAAAAUAUCACCAACUCUCUAGCUGCAUUCCUUAUUGGUGCUGGUAACUAUUCGUACUAUGGCUGUUCCAGGGGAUGGUCUGUCAGUCCAAGUAACAUGGACUGGCUCGUCUGGCACCCAGAGUAUGACAAACCACUAGGAAAACCAAUGGGGCCAGCCACAAAACAAGGUGACGUUUAUACAAGACACUUUGCUGCUGGAACAGUGGUCACAUUUGAUGUGAAGACCAACCAAGGUAACAUCACAUGGGGAUCACACCAAUGAAGAACCACUGAGCUUAUGCAUGUUACUCUUUUGUAUGUAUAACUGUGCAUGUUGUUAGUGAGUGUCAUUCGUCCGUAGAUUCAUUUACCAGUCUGCUAAUCAAUUACUAAAAAACAUUUUAUCACUUUCUCACAAAAGUCUAGCACGGUUUACUAGCUACAACUUAAGUCAUUGUAAAACAUCUCCAAUCAUGACAUAUUGUUACGUAGUCUAAAUGAAA